CAGGCUAUGAAGGCAAAGAUUCCCAAUGUUUGAUUUAUUAAUUUCCUAAGGCAAAGGGAUGAUUAAAGUUUAAAAUUGUAAUAAAAAAACCCUUUUCGUAAGUUGUUAGUAAUGUAUUACGCUUUUUCGAACAUCACUGUAAGUGUUCAUCAAAUCUACAUAUCUCACUAAUCACUCGGCACACACAUAUGAUCUGUCAAACGCCUUCGUACAUCGCUAUCACCAACACAAUCACCUGUAUUACGGGAUGCUGUACGCAUUAAUGUUAUCUGAUUAUUGUGUGUAUAUGUGUCCUAUUAUUAGUGCAUCGGCGAACACCUGGUGAUGGCAUUUUCGGUAAAGAAGCGUACCAACAGCCGGCUAAAUGAGAUCGAAAAGAUUCAAGGGCCGGUAGAUUUUCUACCAAACAGCUACGGAGAUCGAUUUAUUCCGCGUCGUUACGCUCUGUCACGUUCGAGCCGCUUCAAGGCGGAAAGGAAACCUGAACGACAAAUCGAUCCAAUGGUAAUGAAGGAUAUACCAGGUUACUGGCGUACGCAUCACUACUCAUCUGUGCUGAAGAAUAUAUUCGGGCUGGUUUCGAGAAGCGAUAACAUUCUAUCAUUCAGCGACAGUACUACUCGGCAGGUGUGUAGUCAGCUACCGAUGAAGCGUACGUUGGAAUGGGUCGCUCGUCCAACGUACAGCAACGUCCAGCGGCUGGACUGGAGCUGCUAUCCGCGCACCAAACCGAUUGGAUUUAUUGAGGCAGUGCACGAUCUACCCAACAUCAAGACGUAUUAUCACAAGAUCAUUGACUGGUCGGUCGCGGGACAGAUAGCGGCAAUCUUCAGCAAGAAGCUGGUGAUCUGGACACCCAACACGGAUGUAAUUGUUGGACUGCGGGCACAGUACACAACAUCGAUCGCGUUCAAUCCAGCCGGCGAUAAGCUAGCGAUGGCCAUCUUUAUGAUGAACCGACCCUGGCUGGACAUCCUGAACGUGGCAAGUAGUUCUGUCGGGAAUGGUGCACUGAAAAUGCUUGACCCACUGGAGCACCCGGUCAGUUGCCUUACCUGGGACGGAAGCGGCCAAUAUGUGGUGUGCGGAUUCGGUAACGGUCAGAUCUCGAUCAUUCCGGUGCAGGCGAAGAACCAGUGCAAAAGCCCGCCCAACAACAACUACUGCAUUCACAAGGCUUUGAUCAUCGCGAUCAAGUUUUCCUGCGCGUCCAAAUACAUGGCCACCGCGGAUGAUCUUGGCCAGCUGUACAUCUGGUACUGGAACGCUGGUCACCUUACGCCGAUUACGUGUUGGGCCAGCACGAUGUGUGCCUUCUUCGACUGGCAUCCGUGGCGCGAGGACGAGAUCGUUAUCGGUGAGUCUGUGGUGACUGGUGCCACACAAAAUCCCUGUGCGCUCUCAAAAACAGGAUGUUUAAUUUUAUUAGCCGACAGCGAACCGAUCAUGAUCGCACUGUACCACGUACCGAGCCGCGAGGUGGUGUCGUACUAUCGACGGCAGGACUGCGAUUGUAUCGUGACGACGCUUUCGUUCAAUAAGAUUUCCGGCGAGCUGGUCGUGUGCUAUUCCUUCACGGAUAUGAACAAGCAGCCCGAAAUACUUGUGCUCGCCUCGAUGGACCGUGUGGUGGAUGUGAUGCGCAAUCACGAUGACGUCAUCGUACAUCUCCUGUGGAGCCCGGAUGGCAAACAGCUCGCGAGUGUAGGAUAUGAUGAAACGCUCACGAUUUGGAACUUCUUCGGCAUCUCACCGACGAACGAAUGCAAAAGAAGGAAACUGCAAUGUGAACCGAUGGCCAGUGGCGGUAGCUCACGGGAUGGUUCCGUUGCCGGUGGGCUAGCAGGUGGUCGGGAUGUAUCGCGCAUCCACUCCAACCGUAACAAAGAAGCCACCUAUCGUGAUCUGGCCUCGAGUUUUCUUUUCAAGGCAAUGCGCUGACGAAGGAGCGUUCGUAGUUCAUGCCAAAGUCUUGCAAAGUUCCGUGGAAGUGAACAGUCAUCGAAUGCGAAUAGGUAAUUAAAUUGGAGACAUAAAUAAUUGCAGAAAGCAGAGCGAAAUGAAGACAAGCCUUUUCCACCUACACUUUACGGGCAGGAGACAAGGAAAUGGAAGUCUUUGGAUGGAGCUCUGUUGCCCAAGGAGGAACUGUGCAAUCCGCUGUGCGGUCAAUCGACUGUUGAUUAUAGACGAAGAAAUUUCCUUUUGUUAUAAAA